ACGCGCAUUAAUUUGGCGACCGCGGAUACGCGCGCACCACGGACGGCGAAAAGUUCGUCCGUGCGCCCAGUCAUGUUCGCGGGGUGGUCGGAUUAGUACAUAAUAAUAUUAUAUAGUCGUCCGCUGACGGCCGCGGCAACGGUGCACGUUCGAAUCGAGAAAUGGAGAAGUAUAAAACUAUUAAAAACGUUUGAUUUUUUUUGAAUUUUUUUUCGAUUUUUCUUCAAUUCUUUUCUUCUCGCUUUCAAUCAUUCCAGUGUUUUCUCAUUUUCGUCAAGACGGUGUUUUUUUUUUUUUUGUCACGUCUAUUGUUAUACCAGCUACACUUAGGUACUCGUCCACCACAUCAAUAUACAGCAUAAUAUUAUAUCAUAUUCAUCGCAUCGCUCUGCUAUGUUAGACGUAGAAGAAAAAUGUAGUAAACUGAACAUAACAUAUGAACAGCCAACAUCACCACAGUCACCUCAGAGGGAACAGAGAGAGGAAUGGGGUAACAAACUUGACUUUUUGUUCUCAUGUAUUAGCGUAUCUGUUGGCUUAGGAAACGUGUGGAGAUUUCCAUACUUAUGCUACAAACAUGGAGGAGGGGCAUUUUUGGUGACUUACUUUAUAGCCAUGGUAUUUUGUGGAAUACCGAUUUUUUUUCAAGAAGUGGCUAUCGGACAGUAUUUGGGUUCUGGUGGGAUGACGUUGGUUGGAAAGCUAUGUCCAAUACUUUCUGGCACUGGUUAUGCAACGAUGACUAUAGUUUUCUUACUGGAUGUGUACUAUUGCGUUAUUGUUGCAUGGACAUUUUUUUAUUUGGCAAGUUGCUUCAUAUCAUUUCCGACUUUACCGUGGGAAAGUUGUAACAAUUGGUGGAAUACAGACAAUUGUUUGAAACCAAAUAGUGUUAAUAUGACUCAUGAGUACUUUAGUACGAAUACAAUAAAACGUAUGUUUAAUACAUCGUUGACGCUCAAUCGAAAUAUAGACUCAUGGAAUCAAAUGUAUUUCAAUAAAACAUAUGUACUGCAAGAUAAUGUUUUCAAAAACAAUGGUCAGCUUACGGAAUUUUGUCACACUAUUAAGUCAUUAUCGUAUGCUGACAUUCCAUUGAACUUCACUGACAUAGAAACAAACAGUUCGUCUGUCCUUCAUCCAGAACAAGGUGUCGACUUUUUGAACCAACUUCGAAAUUGUUUUAAUGUGACUACUGUGACACCAGCCGAAGAGUAUUGGGAGAGAAGAGUGCUCAUGCUGACAAGUGGUAUUGAAAAUAUUGGAGGAAUGCAAUGGGAACUAUUGUGCUUAUUAGGACUAUCGUGGAUCUUAAUUUAUAUCAUCUUGGGCAAAGGUCUCAGUCAGAGUGGAAAGAUAGUGUGGUUCAUAGCAAUGUUUCCAUACUUAAUAAUGGGAGCAUUACUGAUUAGAGCAGUAACGCUGGAAGGAGCUGGUGAAGGUAUCAGGUAUUUAGUCACUCCAAGAUGGGAGAGUCUCAUGAAUUCAGACACUUGGAUAGAAGGAACAACACAAAUUUUCUUUGGCUAUAGUGUCGGUGUAGGCACUUUACCAGCUCUAGGAUCAUUCAACCGAUUUCAUCACAAUUGUUAUAGGGAUGCAGUUUUAACUUGUGUUAUUAACACGCUCACGUCUAUCAUACCCAGUGUAAUUACAUUCAGUAUAUUAGGUUUUAUUGCUGCUUCCCAGGGAGCUACGGUUGGCGAUGUCGUGGAAAGUGGACCGGGUUUGGUAUUUAUAACUUAUCCGCAAGUGGUGCUUCAGUUACCUGGGGCGAGGAUAUGGGCAGUCGUAUUCUUCGUCAUGCUUGCUAUGAUUGGUAUUGAUAGUGAAUUCUGCAAUGUCGAAUCGUUUAUAACUGGACUGACGGAUAAGUGGCCUAAGUACUUACACGCUAAACGAAAAACUUUCACAUUGUUGGUGUGUGUAGGUAUGUUUGUGUUGAGUUCGUCCAUGGUGACUAACGGCGGAAUGUAUAUAUUUCAAUUAAUGGAUACAUAUUCGGCAUCGGGAAUAUCGUUGCUUUGGGUGUGUUUCUUUCAGACCAUAGCCAUUUCAUGGUUUUUUGGAGCAGAUAGAUUUCGUGAAUGUGUCAAUCAGAUGCUCGGUUUUCGACCAAAUUUGUUCUGGUACAUCUGUUGGGUCUAUCUUGCACCACUCGUCAUGAUCACGGUAUUUAUAUUUUUCAUCAUCAAUUAUGAACCGGUGAAGUAUGGGAACCAUUAUACAUAUCCAUGGUGGGGUGAAGGAUUAGGAAUAACAAUAUCGUUGAUUUCCAUGGUCUGGAUACCACUAUAUGCUAUAUACUAUUUAAUGACGGAAUCGGGGACUUUAAAACAAAAGCUCCAACGAGGUUUUACGCCUAUCCCAGAAGUCAAAUGCAGAAUUACGAUAAAAAAAGAAACUAAAAACAUCAUUGAUAAAAGAAUCAAUAAUAUACAAUUAAUGGAAUGCAGUGCGUUGGUAUACUGUGACAAUAAUGAUAGUAAAACCAUAUAAAAAACCAAUUUUAGUAAACUAUAUAGUGUUUAAUGUUCCAUUAUUCUUACAUGAAAGCAGUAUUGUAUUGGUUUAUUAAUUCAAAUAGUUAACUCUAAAACAAAUGUCUACAUUUUUGACAUAUAUAGAAUUUUAUUUUAUAUGUAAAAGUCGAUUUAUAUAAGAUAAUUAGUGUCUUGUAAGUUUUUUAUAUUGAUUAAAUUAUAAAAACUAUUUAUAUGAUUUAUAUUACAUCUAGUGCAGAUUGCAGGUGCAUUAUACAAUAGUGUUUAAUUUCUUAAGGUAAAUUAUUGUUCGUUGAAUUGGUAAAAAAUAAAUUGUUUAGGUUUCAUACAGAAUUGUAUGUUGUUAUGCCGAUUUUUCUUCACAAAAUGCUAAUAGAAUAAAUAACUCACAAGUAUAAAAAUUAUUUAGGCUCACUGCUACUAUACUAGGCUACUUUUAAAAUAAAUAAACUACUUAUAUAACGGUAAAAUAUACUGAUAUGACGCGUUAUUCAGUGUAUUGUAUAUUAAGUAAAUUUAACAAAGAGCUAAUGUUCCGUAGUUUGUAAAUUGUAUUGGUAUAUACCUACCAGUAUUCUAUCACUCUACCUAUAAUUAACGAUGGACAACGGACGAUGGCCAUAUAUAAAACUUAUAUAGGUUAACUUAGAUAAUUAAUAAAAUAACUUGUGUAAAAGUAAAUACUAAUUAUAAUAAUAUAAUAAAUUAGUCGUUUCUGUGUCACAGACCACACUAUCAGAGCAUAAUAUUAUUUCUGUAUUAUUGUUACAGUGAACGCUAUACGAAUAAUUCAUUAUAAUAUUCUAAAAGUUAUAACGCACUUUUCUUAUACACAUAUAAUAAUAUGGUGCAUAUCUAUAAUAAUGUCGAAUAUCGCUGCAUUUGCAUUACAGAACACAUCGGCCGAAGUCGAGAUUUGCUCACCGUCCGCCGGUUCGACCGCGUUGCACAGAGUUUUCGACGGGCUAAGAAAUGGCCCGACCGGUAAAAUCGUGUUGGUAAGUCGCGGUAAUUUCGCACCGGUCCGGCGACCAGGCGAUACAGUUCAAUGCCGGACAUGCGGUGCAGACGGGUUCGGCAUCACAUAUCGGGUUGCCGUCUGUCGCCUCGAUGCAGGAGCCACGGUAUCGAUCGAUUCACCGUUUGCCGGUGCGACUCGGUGCAAACGGUUUCGGUCCGUUAAUUGGCCCGACCGAAAUGGUCGUGGCAAAUUAUGCCAGUCCAAAGUUCCGUAAUUAUAUUUCGUUGGUCAACACGGAAAUAAUGACUCCCGUUGGCACCGGAGUCAAGAUCGAGACGCUGCCCGUCACGUCGCCGCUGCGGGUUUUGUCCGCCGAAGCGGACGUGAAGCAGUCAAGCCGAUCACAGAUCCGCCGAGACGCCGUUCUAGCUCGAUGCCGAACAUCGCAGCGCGAUUUACUUCGGCCGACAUCCGCGAGUACGUCCCGGCGCGAGUUUCAACCGAGACGUCUGAGUUUGAAAACAACUGGACUGGACCUCACGUGCACGCGAGUUUGCCGCAUGGGUCUGCUGCAGUAAUCCUCCGCCGGUGUGAUGCCAAGUGCCGCUCAAUGUGGAAACGGACGAAGCGACUCGUCCGACGCUUGUUUUGUUGAGCUUAAUAUAUAGGUAAAAAUCCCCAAAAAAAAUGGACUCCGCUUAAUCGGGUAUCAUCGGGUGCACACGCUACAGUUGAAAAAAAAAGUUAAACCUAGAUUAAAAGAUUGUUAUACUGUGAAUCCUAUUAUGAUUUACACAAAUAAACGUUUUAGUAUGUUACUAGCUAA